GGAGUCAGAAAUCUAUCUGAUUGAUUGAAAAUGUUUACAUAUAUCACUUCAAAUGUUUUAAUAGAUUUAUGGGUGAUUGUCAAGUUUUCCUGGCAAGCCACUUGGAAAGAUUGGCUUUGAAAGCCUUUAUGAAGACUCAGCAUAAGCACUUAUUUGGUAACAUUUGCCUGAUUUACAAAUACAGGAUAGAAAAAUUGUUUGGCUAUACAUAAAUAAACCAAAGAAAUUUAUGCAAGCAACGAGGUAAGUUUUGAGAAUCUUCGUGUUUGUGGCAGAGGACUAGGUGCCAGGUGUUGAAUAAAAUCGAGAAAAAUUUCUGAAAAAGUACUUAUUCACAUACUGUGCUCACAUAUUUAGUUCCGAAGCCAUCGUAUUGGGCAAAACAUUCAAAAACUGUAGCUAGAUUACGGUUAACGCUUUGACAAGUGUUACGAAAUUUGAAAGGCACGCAGUUGUUCCGUUCAAUUCCCGUUAUGUCCAGGAAAUGAAAAAUUACUUUUCUCAUUAAAUUGAGUGACUGCUCGCAUUGCUGGUUCGAGUUCAAAACAUGGAUCGAAACGAGUGCGUACUGUGUUUAAGUAAACCAUGACGCAGUCGUUCUGUUUCCUUGUAAACGAAUCAGAGACGGUACCACGAAAUUUAACCUGGGGGGGGGGGGCUAAGAAUCAAGGUUAGUGACAUAUGAUGACCCACCAUGGUUGGGUCUGAUCCGGAAGAAAAUUUUUGAAAAUAAGUCUUAUUAUGGAAUGGUUAAAAAUGCAUCUCCCAGACUAAAAUUUAACAAAUUAAUAUACCGCUCAGAAUAGACAAUUCGACGGUUCUCAGGCAAAAAAUUGAUUAUUGACUUUUAGGAUAGGAGGAGUCAUAGUGCACAUCGAUAUGAAUAACAAGAAGAUGUUGAAUUGAUUGAGAGAAUUUACUCUCUACUUUCUAUCUACUCUAUGGUGAAUUUGUACUCUCUACUUGUCCUUACUAUAUACUCUCAUCUCUCUACCCGCUACUUUACUAUCUACUCACUGCUCUUUACUCUCUUCUUACUGUUUACUCUCUAAUUUCUCUCUACUUUCUAAUUAUUCUUACUCUCCAAUCUCCACUCUUGCUCACUACUCUCUACUCUACUUUCUAUUCUACUCUCUUUUAGCCUAUCAGUGCAUUUCAUUCCAAUUUCAAAUAUUUGUACAAAGUGAUCCUUCAGAUCUAAUGUCUACUACAAUCUUCCCAGUGUCUAUUCUUCUAUAAUUUUUUCUUACAACAUUUCUUAUCAUUCUUAAUGUUUUUCGUUCUUUACCGCGGCACAAAAAACAGUAGCAUUUGUAGUGAGUAAAUUGCAACUCAAUUUCAUUUUGACACAUAAAAUUACCGAGGCAGAAUUAUUUAGAAAUUUCUCGAAAAAUUUUUCUGCAAGGAGUGGAAACUGAUGGGUGAAAAGUCUAUCGAGGAGAAUCUUCACACAAUUUAUUUCGCUUGGAUUUUUUCAUAGUAAUUUGAAAAUUUCUGAUGGAAUUUUCUUGACGGCGGCUCGGUACCAAAACGAGGCAAUUUCGUGAUUUGAUGAGGUUGAAAGAAAACUGAAAAAUUUACCAGAAAUGGAGUGUGGAUAAAAUGAAUGUAAGCUUGUAAAUAAGAAAUUUAAAAUAUGGGUUGCUUUCGACCGACUGCAGAACCAUUCUAUGCGAUGUCUGUUUUCACAUUUGCGUUUAACGUGAUUGUACUCCCUCAGCUUGUGCAAGAUACUGUUUGCAAGAACAAAUACAACAGGACGGUCUGUGGGGACCUAGGCUCUUAUCACAACAUGGAGAACGAUGUGCAAAAGGAAGCAGCCUAUUGGAUGUCCUACUUUCCAGUGACUUCUCUUCUACCUGCACUUUUCACGAUCUUUAUGAUAGGUUCGAUAUCUGACUUCAUUGGCAAAAGAAGGACUAUGCUGGUACCACCUUUCAUAUACUGCAUCCAAAGUGUUUUGUUCGUUGUCCUAAUUGCCGCUGUGAAACCAAAUUCCCCAGGCCUCUAUCUUAUACCCUAUUGCUUACCGGGGCUGUUUGGGGAAAAUGCUGGAGUAGCUGCACUUUCAGAAGCAUAUAUAUCGUCCAUUACAAGAGCAGAUCAACGUACUUUGAGGCUGUCAAUACUGGAAUCGUGUCUUUUUCUAGGCGCUCUGUUCGCUGCCCUUUUGUCUGGCUUUGUUUUGCAUUAUUUUGGAUUUGUAGGGGGUUUUUCAAUGACAGCUAUUGUGAAUUUUUUAAAUUUCUUGUACGUUGUUUUUCUGCUGCCAGAUGAAUCUGCUUUGUUACCAGAACCAGAGGAAAGACUUGUCACAGAAGAGGGCCAAGAAAGUGAUACAACAGAAAAUUGCCAAGGUCACCAUGAGGAACAACAAAGACACAGUUUUAACCCAUUUGUGUUGUACCAACGAAUAUCAGCAGUCAUUUGCAAGGAAAAUAGGAGAAAGAAGAUGUCAUUUGUCUUUGCUUUGUUUGGUAUAGCACUGUUUGUUAACAUGGGUGAGGUAUACAUGGGAAUGCUGUACAUAAAACACAGUCCGUUUAGCAUGACACCCAGGGAUAUUGGGUACUUCAACACAGCACAAGCAUUCCUCCGUGCCUUUGGAGUAAUAGUUGUGCCUUAUAUCUUCAUUAAUUUUCUACGACUUAAAGAUAUGGGGCUAAUUAUCUUUGGUUUUUUCAUUCAAAUUGUUUACUUCAUAACUCUUGGGGUGUCUGUUUCAAGACUGAUGCUGUAUCUUAUUCAGAUUAUUGCCAUCCCAGUAGCAGCUCAUUUGCCUGCACUUCGUUCGAUGAUAACAAAGUUUGUUGAUCCACAUGAAUAUGGCAGUGCAGUUGCUGCUGCGGAAGCCAUUGAUGUUGCAAGUUCACUUCUGACAAGCUACAUCUCCAACCAAAUUUAUUCAGAAACUGUUUAUAUUUUUCCUGGCUUUGCAAUGUGUUUGCUUGGUAUUGUGGCAUUCAUUGGAUUUUUGGCUGCCAUUGUUUAUUUCUACUGUUAUGAAAGAGCAAAAUCUAAUGACAGUGAACAAGAGUUGCUUUUAUCAUAAUUUCAGAUUUAUCCGAAGUUGUCAACAGUAAUGAUGUAAAUCCUACAUUUUGUGACUGUUUUGUUAGAGUAUUAUGGUUUCCAGUAAGUAUUAAACAUACUGGCUAUCAUAUAGAAUUUUGUAACAUUUUAAUGGCUAACAUGUCACGAGCUAGGCAAACAUGCAAGAGUAGUUUCUCAAGGUUCCAAUCUUCCCUUUUUCCAGUAAGCAGCUUUUUAGUAGCACUCUUUAAACAAGUCGAAUCAACCACUAUUGGACUUGUAACAACCACUUUUUCAUCAGAAAAUAGCCUAUUAAUACUCUGUGAACUGUUUGUAGGGAUUAUAUUGUUAUGUUCAACAAUGUCAAUGAUUCCAGUAUAUAUACUAGUCUUUUUCUUCCACCUGUCCAAAAAUUAGAAACUUGCAGCAGCCCCUUACAUUCCCUUACCCUGGAUUCCUGACCAAUGUUCCCUUAGCAAGGAAUCAUACAGAUGGGGGUAUUUUUUGUACUUCUUCACAAUGCUUUCCUUUGAAGUCAGCCAUUGCUAAAUUUCCCUAUGGAAGGAUAAAAAGUUGAAGAUGGUAAGUUCAAGGCAUAUGGAAAGCAUCACAGAAAAUAUGUUGUGGAAAACAUAAUAAAUUUCUGUAUGCAAAAUGUAUGCCUCUGAUUUCUUUGGCAGCUGACAACAGACAAGCUGGAGCCUCCCACUGAGAAUUAAGGCAUACAUGAAUAAGUUUUGAUGUAAUGCAUCAACUAUGAACCAGGCUUUACUUUGUUGACUAAAGCCAGAUCGAAACUGUUAAUCUAUAAUGGAUUUCUUCAUAUUCACUGAUAUUUGCUACAAGCUGUAUUCAACAAGCAAAAUUCUAAGACAAAUAUAAUUUAACUCAAUAGAUAUUUAUAAUUUUCUUAUAUUUAUACAUAAUUAGUUUUAUUACAAUAUUGCUAACAUUUAGAAGAAAAUUGUUUGUACAGUGUCAUUUUUUCAGAGGUCAGUCUCUAUAAACAUCACUUCUUUGCCCUUGCCUGUAAAGCAUUGCGAGUAACAAUUAAUGAAAGCUAUUUCAAGAUACAUUUCAAGAUAAAAAUUUUUCAAGAUCUUUGCUUGUCUGGAACUUAGGUUUGUAUAUCAUGAAAGAAAACUUUUAAGCAUUAUUCAAAGCAAGCAAGAAAAUAAAGUUUUAUAAUAUUUCUGAAGAAACCAGGUACUAAGUUAUUCACUUAAGUCUGAUGCCAUAACUCAGUUAUUUAUGCAAAAUUAUUUGUUUUUUGUUCACAAACCAUUUUUUAUCAAAAGCUAUCUAUAAAAGGGUGAGGUUUGGCUUCAGCAAGGUAAAAUUGCUGUUUGAAAUUUUUUUGCUAAGGUUUAAUCCAAAUGUGCCAAACAUGCUUCUCUCCUCAGUCUAAUAUACAAAUUUCAUCUGCUCAUUUAGUCUUCACCUCUCAAACACCAAUUUAGCUACAGCUUUAGGUGUUAACCGGGUUUGGCCUCUGCAAUUUUUGGCCUCUGCAGUUUUUGGCCUCUGCAGUUUUUGUCCUCUGCAGUUUUUGGCCCCUACAAUUUUGGCCUCUGCAAUCUUUGGCCUCUGCCACUGUCUCUGGCUGCAAGAAAACAGACAGACAGAAAUGCCCUGCUGAGUAUCUGUUUCUUUUUGCUUAUCAAAAAGAUGCAAAAAGGUCUAUCUCAUUUAAAGGCUGAAAUGCAAGACAACAGAAAGGAUUGUUUUGAUUCACUACUAUGCCAAAAGCAUACUACAUUUAUAAAACAAUUAUAUCAGGUUAAGGGGGCAAGGCAAUUUUUAGCUCCUUGUGGUAAAAACCAAGAGCUAGGUUUUUGUUUGUAUACUUUUAGAACAGUUAUUUGAAGGUUAAGUCCCCUUCUGCGGUCUUUUAUCCUUUAUUCACAAUCUAGUAAAAAAACUCGGACGACCGUGCACGUCUGAAGGGAGCCAAGAAGCAGGUUUUCUUUGAAGAAAAACUUCCUUUUACUUGACAAUGAGCCUGUUUAUCAAGGUUGCUGAAUUCAUAAACACUGGUCUCCGAGUAAGGAUGUAGUGCUAGGGGGCUCAGAGGGGCUGUGCCCCUUGUUAAUGCCAAAAUGGUCAAUAUCUAGUUUUGCUAUUGCUUUUUGCAGCGUUUUUUGUAAGAGCCCCCUUGUUACUUUGACAGCACUACACCCCUGUCUCUGAGUAAAUGUGUGGCGGCAGUGGGUGGGC